UUUGACAGAGUCCUCUAGCCACAUAACGCGAUAAACAAACAUAAACUGGGUGCGUCGUCCUUGUUCGUGCAGUGGUAUUCUCGAAAAGCAAGCAAAAUGAAAGCAGCGCUGAAAGAGGACCUGAGUUUUCUGAUAAAGGUGCCGCUGUUGGCCGAAGCCACGUCCAAUGUUGAAGCCCCCGUGCCUGGCUACUUGUACAAGGAGAUCAGCUCCAUGACAUUGGAGAACGAUGGUCAGUAUGCUGAGCAAGUUGUUGACUACCUUCUGGGCGCCCUAAUGGAGGGACCAUCACCAACGAAAGUGAAGUGCCUGAGGGUCCUACAGCAUGUUCUCACCAAUGGUCAUGCCAGCGUACGGACUAUCCUGACCAGGAAAGACACUGCCAUUAGAUCAGCUGCAAAUGUAUCUGGCGGUGGCUCAGAGAACCAGUGCCUUCGCUUGCUUGCCAAGGACCUGCUCCAUGCGGUUCACGAUGAUAGCGCUGUGAGCCACCAGACUGCUGGCCAGCUUCCUACUGCUCAGCAAGAAACCCGGUCAUAUUCUGGGCUCGGGGCUUCAGCGGCUACAACUGGGAAAUACCAGGGAUUUGGAAACGCGCCAAUUGGUCCAAAGACGUUGGCUGAACAAGUGACUGACGGGAUUGCGAGGGUCGUAGACAAGAUAUCAGGGAAGCCGGCUGACAAGGCUGGGAGUGACCUGCUGACCGAAGGCCUGCCCAAGUUUCAGCCAGUGACAGUUCAGUCCCCGGCUUCCAUACCCGGAAAAACUACUAGCCUUCCACAGCAGCCUGUGAAAAUUGCGGCAAAACCACAGAAAGCCCGUAAGAAGGGCCGUGCUGGAGGUGGCUGGGAUGAUGAUGAAGAUGAAGAGGCUGACGAUGGCAACGUGUCGGGGACGGUGAGCGACUCGGCAAGCCUCGGCGAUUCCACCAGGACCAAUGAUCUUCCAAGUGAACCUGUUGCUCAGCUGUACGAGAAAGAGGUGCAGGCCGUGGAUGCCUUUGUCGAGCCAAGCCUGGAGUUCCCACCUUUGCGACGAGAACUGGAUGACGCUCGCGAGAGGUGUGCCGCUCUCAACAUGGACAGGGUUGCGCAGCUGCUUACUGCAAAGUUUUUUGCACCGCAGGAGAGCACGCAGAUGAGAGCUCUGGUAUUGAUAGAAGCUUUGCUGCGAAAGGGUCACAUCGAUCUUGCCAGCCAGGGGGCGCCACUUUUGGCACAGCUUCAAGACCUGCAGACAAAAUCAUCCGAUCCUGUCCAAGUCAAGGCGAGGAAGAUUUCGCUGAUCAUCCAGAAGCUGGUAGAGGAGCCAGAGACAUGACUACCAAGUAUACGCAUGUUACUCUAUGUGCAACUAUAGUCGGGUACAACUUAGAGGCGGAUGCACACGAGCCUCCACCAAUGGGUGCGCACUCUAAACUCACGUCAUGAGCCGGACGCCCGAUGACCCCGCCAACGGAGAACAUGGGAGCCCGCGCUUCAAGCUGGGCCGAGUGGCGUCAGCGGGACUAUUUGUUCAGUCAAUCGGCUGCUGCGCUUUUGUCAUCUGGGAGGGGCCUUUCAUUUCUUCUUAAGUUGUUCCUGACUACAGUUAUUGCGUUGGCAGGACAGAGUGCAGCAGCGAAUCAAGAUGAAGACUCAAAAACGAAGAUGACACGGCAGGUUUUACCGGGCUAUAUCUUUUUCUUUGAUUCAGUAGUACCUUGGCGGCUUGCACCCAGGACACACACAGCACUUUGUCUAGCCUCUUUAUUAAAGUCGCUGCCACAUCCACACAAGUCAAUUGGUCAUGCAAGUCAAAAUGCAGGGACAGGGCUUUCUUGUUUACCACUGUCAUUUCUGAUAAUUUUUGUAUCAAACCUAAUAAACAAAUCCUUUUGCACUGUGUGUACA